AAAAAAGUUGCACACUCUCUUAAGUUUUUGAAAACAUGAAAGCUUCAGCUUUUGCCUUCCUUCCUCUCUUCUUUUUCUUGUUGGCAGAUCCAGCAGCUUCAAGAAAAGACGGUGGCGAAUACUGGAGAAUGGUGAUGAAAGAUGAGGCCAUGCCUGAAGCAAUACAAGGCCUUCUUCAUCAUAAUCUUUCGGUCCAAUCCCACGACCAUGUUGAAGGAUUGAAUCACAAAUGUGAUGAAGCUGAGGCUCUUGAAGCCAAACACCCUGCUACUGCUACUCAUCACAGCGACUUUGAGCCAAGGCCUAGUGUUACAUCUUACAACAAUGGCGAUCUUAGCGCACAAGGAAAAGCAUUCAUCAAAGAUUUUGAGCCCAGACCUAGUGUAACAUCAUACAACAACGGCAAUCUUGGCGUCCAUAAAAAAAAAUUUAAUGAAGAUUUUGAGCCCAGACCUAGUAUAACAUCGUACAACAACGGCAAUCUUGGUGCUCGUGAAAAAAGAUUUACCAAAGAUUUGAAUCCCAGACCGAGCACAACAUCAUACAACAACGGCAAUCUUGAUGCCCAGGAGAAUAGAUUUACUGAAGACUUUGAGCCUAGGCCUAGCGUGACAUCAUACAACAAUGGCAAACUUGAUGCCCAAGAGAAAAAUUUUAUUGAAGAUUUUGAGCCCAGACCUAGUAUUACAUCAUACAUCAAUGAUGAUGUUGGCCAUGAAGAGAAAAAACUUAUCAAAGACCUGCCAUCUUUGCUUGCAAUGAUGACGUGAAAAAUGGCCUCGACCCUUGGUUGAAUGUGUGUUGGUUUAUGAAAUCAGUGAAUAUUAAGAAUAGUCCUCAAGCAUGAAGGUUAAGGAGGCUGUAUGUGUAACCUCAUGGUUUGUCAUGUUUUCUAGAAAGUGUUUGAAAAAUGUGUCAGAAUAA